UGAUAAAUUCUAGUUUCUGAUCAUCCGCGUCGCAACUUUUGACGAAACGAUUGUAGCCAUGGCGGCGGAGAAGGAGAAUAGAACUGAAGGGCCAUUGGCGAGAGACGAACUCGCUGAGUCGCUCAACGAUCUAUUCACCAGCGCAUCCGCUAUGGUCAAAUCCGAGGUUCAGGGGACGAGUGAUCUGAUGGAGCUUCUGGAGAAGAUGAAUCUUAGAGUGGCAGAAGAAUACAAGGGAUUCGGCGACGUGGCUUCGGGAUUGAAGGUUUUCGUAGAGCAAUUGAAGUCCAAGAGCGGUAACUUCGAUGAGUAUGUGCAGCAGAUUGACACGAUAGAGCAACAGGUGACUGAAUUUGAAGCCGUGAUUUCGAUGCUCGAUAAGUACGUCUCUCAAUUGGAAUCGAAAGUGCAAUUCACAUAUCAAAACCCAGCUUCAUGAACAGAACUGAAGCUACUCUUCGAUUGAAUUGUCGUCUAAUCGGUUUGUAUUGUGUGAUUUCCUUACAUCUUUUUUGUUGAAGAAAGUUUCAAAACACAUUGGUGGUAGCAUGUUAUGAGCUUUGAAGCCUUUUGAGCUUUGAGUAUGAACCCAUAAUCAUUUGCUCAA